AUGAUAAAGAUUGUAAUUAAAAAGAAAUAUAAAAAAUAAAAUAAAAAACAUAAUAAAAAUUAAUAGAUGAAGAGUUAAUGGGAUAUUUCAGAUUUAUAGUAAAAAAUAAUGAGUUUAGUGAAAGAAGCUUUGAAUUAUCAAGAUGCGUUUUGGAAAUAUUAAGUUCAAAUUAUAAUGCAUGGUAUGUAAGAUAAAAAUGUUUAGAAUUACUUCCUAAUUUAAGUUAUGAGGACGAAUUGUUAUUUUGUAAUUAAAUUGCUUAAUAGAAUUAGAAAACUUUUUAAAUAUGGUAGCAUAGAAGAAUUGUUAUUGAAAAAUUAAAAAAUUGUAAUGGUGAAAUCGAAUUUUUAGAAAAUGAAAUAUUUAAUAAAGAUAAUAAAAAUUAUCAUGCAUGGUGUUAUAGAAUUUGGUUAUGUUAAUAUUUUAAUUUAUAUGGUGAAGAAUGGGAAAGAUUAGAUAAAUAUUUCAAAGAAGAUAUAAAAAAUAAUUCAGUUUGGAAUUACAGAAGGUUUUUAUUAAAUAAUAAAUUUAAGAGCAAAUAAAUAGAAUUAAAAGAUGAACUCAAGUUUGUUUUUUAAUAAAUUUAAUUAACUAUCGAUAAUGAGAGUGUUUGGAAUUAUUUAUUCGGUUUAUUUAAGACAUAUGAUUUUAAAUGUUUAUAAAGCGAAAAAGUAUAAAUAUCAGAUUAAAAUAUAUUUUAGAGUGAUUUUCUUUUUAAUAUUAAUGAUUUUUAAGAAGUUGAAGAUUUUUGUAAUGAAAUUAUACUUUAGGCUCCUAAAAAUAAGUUUUAUUAAACUUAUUAAUUCAUAUUAAACUGGCUAAAAUAAAUAAAGAUAAUAUAAAGGAAAUCACUGA